CGUAGAUGACCCCUAUUGAUUUUUAGGUCACUAGGUCAAAGGUCAAGGUCACGGUGACCUGAAAUAGUAAAAUGGUUUCUGGAUGAUAACUCAAGAACGCUUAUGCCUAGGUUCAUGAAGCUUCAUAGGUAUAUUGAUCAUGACUCGCAGAUGAUCCCUAUUGAUUAUCAGGUCACUAGGUCAAAGGUCAAUUUCACAGUGCCAAAAAAACAUAUUCACACAAUGGUUGUCAAGGUCACGGUGACUCAACUAAGAAAAAUGAUUUCCGGAUGAUAACUCUAGAAUGCUUACGCCUAGGAUCAUGAAACUUCAUAGGUACAUUGAUCAUGACUCGCAGAUGAAAUAAUGAUGAAACUUGACCAGGAUGUUUGUCUGGACAAUAUCUAGGUAAAGUUUGACAUUUGGUAAAGAUUGAAUGAACCGACUCCUCUCAGGUGAGCGAACUAGGGCCAUCUUGGCCCUCUUGUUUUGUUAUGAUAUUAUAUUUGUUAUAUUUGUUUAAUGUACUUAUUAAACAAUAAUCUGUAUAAAAAUUUACAGACAAAUUCAUUUAUAAUUAAGUUGCUUUUCAAUAUUACACAUAAAUACAUAAUUUAUUCACAAUAUAGUGUUGACACCGAUAUUUGUACAAAACCUUGAAUAGAUUAAAUAUCUUCUUAAGUGAUUUAUUCAAUUGUGUGAUUAAAAUGUCACUAAAUGAAGCAUCAUAAAGCUUUGAUUGGGUUAAAACACUUUGAUUCAGUGCCAAGUGUUUUAAAUAGCGUAGUAGUAGAAAAUAUUGACUGAAUUUCUUGACUUCAAGUAGUAGUGUAAUCUACUGUUCUGUAAUCAUAUCAGUUUGGGUGUUGGCAGAGGGAGAGAGAAACAGACUGAGAGUAAAAUGUUUUAAGAUUUCUGGUUGAAAUUGUGUAUCUUAUACUAUCAUGUUAAGUUGUUGCAGGUUUUUCACAUGCAAAAAUUGAUUCCGGGUCUCAUUCCAGGAGGAUCACUAGUGCUUGACUGCUUUAGAAAUUCACUCAUUUGUGUGAGUUUGUAAUUGUUUAAACAGAGGACACAGUCUGAGCCUUUUGUGUGCUUGCUGGAUAUUAUUUGUGACAGGAAAGUUGGACAGUUGCCAACAUGAUAAAUGAACACACAACAAACAUGGCUUAAAGCAGAAGCACUGAAUUCUUGCCCAGGUGUUCUGUGGGCGGAGUGCGGCCUUUUGGGUGGUCCUUCGGUUACCAUAGCAACAAGAUCAAGAGAUGCUUGCUCUAGAUGUCAACCUCUUGACCUCUCAACUGCAGAAACAGUGUCUGGAUGACAAGGCCGGCUUACAACCGAUGAGCAGUGAUGGCCUGAAGUUGAGUGAGUCAGCACAAGCCAAACUAGGCCCAGGCAAUGGAGGUAAGGAGGUGUGGACGAUGCCACUGAAUGCAGCCCCUUUGUCAGCAGGGAACAAAGACGGCGAUGAAAGGCGAGGCCUACACAGACAUCCAAAUGUCUCCAUCAACAGUCAAGCAGUCAUCGGUGAACGUAAAAUUCCCGCAUCUUACGAUCAUAGUUUCCAAGGUGACCCUCGUCCCAAGAAACGGAACUGUGUGCCGUCAGAGACUGAGUACAACAUCCCGCCUGCAAAAUCGUCAUGGCAACCCCAGGGGACAGCACUCUGGAAGCCAGUCGCAGUACAAUCAGGGAGGAAUUUCUCCUGCAGCAUUCGUGAUCGAAUGUUUAACGCACAGGCUGACCAGUGGUCGCACAGUGACUUAAGAAACUUUCACUUCUCUAGUAUAGCUCCGUGUGGGCAGAGGCACCGAGACACUGGCCACAUUACUCCAGAGGAUCUUUUGACGCCUCCAGAGUCCCCAGUCUCGCGCCCGAAUUCCGUUUACAGUGAUGGUUCAGCGCCACUGUCUCGUCCCAAUUCUGUAUACAGCGAUGGAGCGGUGAGUCCCUACAUGGGUAUGGGUGACCCCCAUGCCUGCUGGGACAUGUCUCAUGACAGGAUGCGCCACGUUCAGGAAUUUAGAAACCGUAGUCUUUCAGUUGAGGACAGGAUCUCGAUGAAUUCUGGGAACUUUGGGGGGUUGGUGUGUAACAUGUCGGGGUCGGCUGGGGCCCUGCAAGGGUCAGCCUACCAGCUUGCAGCAGUCAACGGUUCUGUGCCGUCAUCUCCACAUCAUCGUAGCCGUGUGCCACGCUGUCGAUCUCAGCCCUCGUUCCUGGACAGGAAGACGGCGCGCAGACGGCGCCGUGACCUUCGGCCAACCUUGAACUUUAGUAAAAUGACAGAGACUGCAUAUGGCCAUUCCAGAAGAUCUGAGAAGGUAACAGAGCGCCUGAGUUUAGGUUUCCAAAGUGGGCUAGAAAACACUACAUGUCUCGCUACCAUUGCAAGCUCCCCACAUGACCCUGAUCACAUGAUGCAGCUUGAACAUGUAUUUGCUGCCAGCAACUCUCAUACUGUGGUUAAUUUCCACACAAAAAGUCCACUUGAAGAACUUGAAAAUGCCAAUCGUGAUUCUGUAAGCAUGUCUGAAUACUGUGGAGGGAAUUCUGGGCCAGUCAAGCUUCUGGGUGAUCUAGAUGAGGAUGACAUGGAAGUGUUCCAGAUCACAGAAGAGCUUGAUCUGAAACAGAUUGAGAAUGACUGAUCUCAUCCAAGCCUCUUAGUGAUAUUUUUAAUCAAGUGACAGUCUUGUGUGAACAAUGAUAUAGUGAUAUUAGGUUAUGCAUGCGCAAAUUAAUUACUUCUUUGUUCUAUAAAUGAAUAUGUUAUGUUCGAUGGUAGUUUUGACCAUGAUCAAGAUACUAUCCAAUAUCUAGCUGUACAUUGUUACUUUUAUUUAUGUUAGAUGUAACACAGCGGUUCUUGUCGGCAUGUUGUUGUUACUGUUGUUAAGCAUGAAAAGAUAGGGCAAAAUAUGUAAGGCUAGACACCACUAAACACAAAGUAGAACCCCAAAAUGGCUGUUUUUCUGAGUGCUUUUAUAUACACCUUUAACCUGAUACCAAAAUACACAUGCAUAUCAUUUAAACUGUAUUUAAUGCAUUAUAUGCAUCCUGCAACCGACAAUAAGUAAUCAAUAUAACUGACAGCAUGCAACCUUUCCCUCAGGCCUUCUUGUUUGCGCAUGUGUAACCUAUUAAAAUUCCUGUGUUCCGGUGUAGUCAGACACUACUACUAUGAGAAACAUUGUUGAUAUUGUAACCUACAUGGGUGACAUGCUUGUGUCUGGGCUGGUGUAUAGGGCUGUGUAUUUAAGUGUUGUUAGUGCAUUUGUUUAUACCUUUGUUAUAUAUAGGUAGCUUUACUUGUGCUUGUGUGUCAAACAGAUCAAAAAUCAUUAGGACAUUAGAAUGUACGUCAAAAAUUAAAUACCACAUGACAGUCAAUAAAUUGAGUGGUGUUCUGAGAAAACUGGGCAUAAUGCAUGUGCGCAAAGUGUCAUCCCAGAUUAGCCUGUGCAGUUUGCACACGCUAAUCAGGGACGACACUUUCCGCCUAAACUUGAUUUUUGGUAAGGAGGGAUUUUCUUGAACCAAAAAAUACCAUAAAAGCGGAAAGUAUUGUCCCUGAUUAGCCUGUGUGGACUGCGCAGGCUAAUCUGGGAUGACACUUUAUGCACCUGCAUUAUGCCCAGUUUUCUCAGAACGCGACUCAAUUGUGUUAAAUACACAACCAGGAAUCAUAACAAAGGUUGGCCACUAACUCUGAAAACAGGGAACAAGAGUGAAAUAUAGUCCCAACAUGGAAUAAUAAGGAAAUUAAAGCAAAUGUGUUGGAAUAAAACAUUACGAAAAGAAAAAGUAACAUCUCAAAACCAAAUAAAUUUAAAUAUGUGUUCAUACUUGUUAGAAUUAAUAAAAGUUAAAAGUAUUAAAAAUGACUGUAAAAUAGUUGUAAAAUUGUAAUGUAUCCUUGCAAUAUCUUUCACUUAUUUCGUGCGGGAAAAGUUUGCGUAGAAUAGUUUAUGAUGUGUACACACAGACUGAUCGUCAAUCAGAAUGCUCCAAAAAAAUAAUUAUGUGUUAACACAAGUUAUCACAGUGUUUGUCUUAAUGAUCUUCGUCUAAUCUAAAAAAUCAGGCACAUGAAAAUAUUCUUGCCAAAACCAAUAUUUGUUCAUAGUUAAUAUACAUUAAUUGUCUUAACUUUCUUCUUUUCUUCACUUAUUUGAUCACCAUUUUGGUAUCUUGCUUUUUUACUAUUAGAAUUUAAUUGGCCCAUUAGUCUGACCUCUGUCUGUUUUUGAAUUCCUGAAGUUCAAUAUCGUGUUUGGACCUAGAACUUUGUGGGUCUCAAAGAAUUUACAAUGUUAUGGCAUGUUUUUGCAGAAACACAAACCAUAAUUUGAUCUCAAUAAGUAAUUUCUCAACAAAGCAUGACUUUUGCUUUAUGGUUUUGAUAUGUUUUAGUUAGAAUUAUAAAUAUACUAUAUGGGUGGAAAUGUCAGUUAUAUUAUAAAGUAUCAUAGCAUGUUUAUUUGCAGGAAAAACACAUUUACUUGUCAUUUAGCCCGUUUCCACUUAGAAGCAAAGUGAAAAUGGCUAUGCGCAAACAGCAUAAAACCAGAACAGCCUGCAAGUAACUCGCAGUCUGUUCAGGUUUUAUGCUGUUUGCUGCUCAUCAGUAUCUAAGGUUUGGAGAUGAAGCCUUUAAAACUUGAAUCUAGUAAGAUAGGUCUUAAAUUAAAUAUAACAUUGUACAGGACUAAAAAUGUGGGAAAAUGUGUAUCUUAAGUGGUAAAGGGUUAAAUGUUUUAACAGAAUUAGGCUUUUAAAAAACAUGUAAAAUAGAAUUUGUAGACAUGCUGGAAAUUUGUGGACCACCUCAGUAUUUGGCAGGUUUAUACAAAAUCAUAAUUAUAGAAAUAUGGAAAGUGGAUAAUUGCGUAAUCCAUGAUGUGAUAGUCAAACAUUAGCAGCGGUGUGCUUUGUUUAACCAUGUACUUGUGAUAUUUGAUUUAACCCGAGAAAUGAUAAAUGAAUUGUAUUUUUAACAUGUCAUACAAUGUACAUUUAAUCCAGAUUAUCUACAGUUUGUUUCGAAAGUUGUUGUUGAUAUUUUGUUUUAUUACUGAGCAAACCUUUCAGGAGUUUUUUAUGCGAUGAUAAAUGAUUUUUAUUGAAUUAUUAUCCUGUCAAAGCAUGCUUGAUUGAUUCCUGAAGCAUAAAACUACCUGGAGUUGAAGCAUCUGUCUCACAUUUGAUCAAUUAUAUGUUUCAUUGAAUGAGCUUUCCAUUUUAAAUUCAUCAUGUUAGUAGAGAUAUUACUUAUAUUUUUUAUUUAAAUUCAUGGUGUUUACAAUAUAUUGUUACAAUAUAUGUAUCGCAAAUUGAUGUUGUCCUUUAUAUUGAAUAAACAUUAAGUGAUAAUGUCCUAGUUUCUUUAUUUAAUCAUUAUUAAUUUAAUGUAUUAUGAUUCAAUAGGCAAUAGCCCCUAUUGCGAUUGAUCUUUGCAACUGUGUGUAAAACAUUUUGAGCUCAUCUUAGCAAAUUUUGCUAAUGAUGAGCUAUUGAGAUACCAUGAAGUCUGUUUGUGUGUCCUUCAAUUUUUUUGUUGAAACAAAAUCUCCUUAGAGUUUUCAGAAACUUCACAGAAAUGAUCCUUGAGUUGCCCUCUGGAAAAGUUGUUCACUUAAAAUAUUUCCAGUCUGCUGCAUACAUAUAUAUGUAGGUAAAAGGAGCUAGAAAUAUAUAUUAUAAGUGUUAACUUCAAAGUCUUCUUUUCUAAAACUGUAAGGCCCAGAGGUUUGUUAUUUGGAUCGUAAUAUCUUUAAGUGGUCCUCUACAAAGUUGGUUCAAAUCAUACUCCUACCAGGGGUCAAAACAGGCCUUGCCUCAUGGUUUACCAGUUUUACUAAUACUUAUGGAAAAACCUUUAAAAUUUCUGAAAUUGAAAAGCCAAAGUUUUUGGCUUUUGUUUGUAGCAUGAUCUAAGGGUCCUUUCUUGUAAAUAUGCCCCUGAAGUCAAACACAUUUUUUGUCAAAAAGCGUGGGAUAUAACAAUACAUCUUGUAAGAGCUGUUGCAGUCAUGGCUAUCAAAUCAUGUUUACAUCUUUUAUCACAAAACAUAAACUCAAUUCAGUUUCUAAUUAUCUAUUUUAUUAUACAUUUAAGUUGACAUUGUCAGGUCCAUACAACACAACAUUGUGUGAGAGCACAAUACUAUAUUAAUUAUAGAAGGAACAUUUUAUUUUUAUGCACAUUAUACCGGUACAUUUAAAACAUACAACAAAUAAGGAUACAAAGACGGAUGUUGGUCUCUAUAGUAUACUCACUAUAUAUCUAAAGAUUGACAUGUUUGUCUAUAUAUGAAUUACAAGCAUAAUUUAGUCAAGAUCUUAUUUCAAUAUUUUGCCAUAAAAACCAGGUCCAGCGAAACUACAUGUAUCCUAUCAGCACAUAAUAAAUAAGAAUGAUACAGACAAUAAUAAAAUCAAUUACUAGCAUGAUUGUUUUCCUUUCUGGUAAAUGCACAU